CUGCUUCAGCACGUUUUCUCUCUCUCCGUUUGUCACGACCAGCAUGGUUCUUCCCUGGUAUCCUCAUGCCAAAGAUGUAGAAACACCUACCAGCGUGUCUCAUCUGGCGAAGCAAACAGACGAUAUAGGCGGGAUUGACCAGCACGUCUGUGACACAACCUCAGGAGACGCCUGCAGCAGAAGGCCCAAGGAUAUCAGGAAGAUAAGUGCUGGAUGGACUAGCGUUCUGAUGGGUAUACCGGCAGAGAUACGCGCUGUCUCGGGCGCUUGAAGGAACAGACACGAGACGCUUGGUCGUGACUUCUGCAGUCUCUUCGAAGACCCAAACAGGUUUACAAGCAGCAGUUCAAUGUCUCUGCUUCAUUCGACUUUCCUCGCCAUGUUUCACUCAUCCACUCGCAUUGCUAUCGAUUGCCGCCCUUUCGUACUCUUUCAUUUCGGUCAGUUUCGGGUUCUGUGGGUUUGCUUUCAUUACUCAUUCGCUCUCGUUGGCUCUUGUUCGUACUCUUUGGCAAUGGGUGGUAAUGAUUGUCAAAGAGUGUAAAUAGACCUGUUCACUACCGUUUUGUCGCUACGGUUUCGAUUCGAAAUAACAUUGCUGCUCUUUGUACUCUAUUGGCUUACUUUAAGGG